AUGGCAGCGACUGAAACACAGCUUAUGUUAAGCGUCGGACUCAUCGAGAAAGAUGUGAAUGGAGACACGCUAUGGGUGUGGUGCUAUCCGUCUGUGGGUCCAGAACUGAGGGAACUCCUGCUCAUCAAGUGUUGUCUGACACAGGACAGCCAGGACUUCCACACAUUUAUGUUUGGUCAGUUCUGCCGUACCUGGUAUUAUAUCACCACAGUGGAAGUACAAGAACCAACAGCUUUGAGUAAGGUGACUCACUUUUCAAUAGUUAUUACAGCGAAAGACUUCAACCCUGAGAAGUACGCUGCACUCAGUAGAAUACUCUGCAGGAUGUACAUCAAACAUGGCAGUCCAGUGAAAAUGAUGGAGGCUUACAUCACUGUCCUCACCAAAGGCAUUUGCCAGAGUGAUGAGAACGGCUCAUUUCUCAUCAAGGACUAUGAUGUCCGGAAGGCAUACUUGGCUGGUUCAGUCAAAGAUGUGGUGUCACAGUUCGGGUUGGAGACUGUCAUCCUGUACACUGCCCUCAUGCUGAAGAAGAGGAUUGUCGUCCAUCACCCACGAAUUGAAGCAUUGUUGGAGUUUACGAGAGUUCUCCCAGCUCUCACAUGGCACAGGAAAGACUGGUCGAUCUUGCACCCAUACGUGCACCUCAAUGACACAGAGUUGGAUGAUCUAAAGAAAUGUCCUGGUUAUAUAGCUGGAUUUGUGGAUCCAGAAGUGAGCAACAGAUCAGACUUAUUUGAUGUUUAUGUGAACCUUCCAGACAGCAUCAUUACAGUGUCCCAGAAUGCUAAAGAAGCCAUGACUAUGGGGAAAUUGCACAAGGAUAUUGGUCUCUUCAUUGUCCAAUCUGCAGAAGACGCUGAGAGGACAGAUAGUCAGGUGAUCAAGGAUAUUUCUGUGAAGACAAAAGAGAUCCUCACCAAUUUGUCAGCACUGUCUGCUGAGUGUGCAGACUCUAAAAUCACUUUGGAAGCUUUAAAGCAGCAUCACUUCCCCCCGGCAACGGAGAACUUCUUGUUUCAUUUGGCAGCUGCUGAGCAGCUUUUAAGGGUAUAACCCUGUUCGACACAGACGCCGUACUGCAGGACAACAUCGUUCUCCACAACAGGAACUCCAGCCAGCUCAAAGACGUUUGGAUUCUCACGGUUGGAUGCGCACACUUUUUCAUGAUGUGAUCUCACUACUUUUGAUUUUUAUGGUUGUAAAAGCCUGAAAACUACUUGCUUAAAAAAAAAAAAUCUGUAUGACACUUUUGAUGUAUAUUUAACUGUGAACAGUUCUUGACAAAUUUGCCAGUUUGAAAAUCACUGUUUUAUAAGAAAAUGGGCAUGAAAACUCAUUCUAAUUAGCAGCAGUAAAGACAGAUUUCACUUGG